CUGUAGCAAAAAGUGGGAACCCAACAAACCGCGUUACCACGCAAUCCGUAAACGUAUUGUAUAUUUACGCAUUGCGCGUGCACAUUGCAAUUUAUUAAGCCAAAAAUGGGAAAUAAAAGGAAACACUACGAUGAUGAUGAAUCACAAUUCGAUCCUGUUUCAAAACAUCUACAAACGGCCCACAUCAAACAUCAAGAGAAACGUUUAAUUAUCAUUUUGGAGAAUGCCCAAUUAGAAUCUGUCAAGAUUGGCAGCAGUUUUGAAUUAUUAAACUGCGAUGAUCACACUGGUAUUUUGAAGAAAAAUAACAGAGAUGCUGGGAGCUGCCGACCAGACAUAGUACAUCAAUGUCUUCUUAUGCUUAUGGAUAGUCCGUUGAACAGAGCUGGUUUACUGCAAGUUUACAUUCACACAGAGAAGAAUGUAUUGAUUGAAAUCAACCCACAAACAAGAAUACCACGAACAUUUAAACGAUUUGCAGGAUUGAUGGUGCAACUUCUUCAUAAAUACCAUGUACAGGCAUCGGACAAACGAAUGAAACUGUUAAAAGUUAUUAAAAAUCCCAUCACUCAACAUUUGCCUGUUGGAUGUAAAAAAUUGUGUAUGUCUUAUAGUGCUCAAUCAAUUAAAAAUCCUAGAGAUUUAGUUCCGGAAGAUGAACCUAUCACUAUUAUCAUUGGAGCUAUGGCGCAUGGUCAAGUAAAGACUGUCUACCAAGAAGAGACUUUUUCCAUUAGCAAUUACCCACUUUCUGCUGCUGUAACAUGUAGUAAAAUAUGCUCAGGGUUCGAAGAAGUUUGGGGAGUAGUAUAAAUAAUUUAAGUUAGGUUUUUGCAUUUUAUAUUUAUUAUAUGAAUGAAAGAAAUACAUUUCGUUAUGUAUUAAACUUUUAUAUUACCAUUUAUAUUUUAGGUAAUUUUGUAUACUUACUGUAUAUAACAAUGAGUUGGUAAAUAGUUUAAUUGAUAUAACAAAUCAUAGGCUUUGCUAAAUGAAGUAUUUGUAAGUUUUUUGUAAAUAAGCUAUGUCAAAGUUAUGUAUAAAAUGAAUUCAAACCAAAAACAAUAGAAUGGAGUAGUUUAAUUCUUUGUCUGAAAAUAGAUUUGUAUUUUUAUUAAAAACAGUUGGUGUAAUUGAAAAAUAU